AUGGCUGAAAACAGAGUUAGGUUUCCACGUUUCUUCAAGGUCUUCCUCGCAGAAACAGCCUCUGAGUCUUUGUCGAUUCCGCUGUCUUUCAUGGAGGAACUUGCUGAUCCACUGCCACCAACAGCGAAACUCGAAGGCACAGGAGGAAGAACUUGGAAAGUGAGCUUGAGUAAAAUACGUGAGGGUGCGUAUUUCACUACUGGAUGGUCCAAAUUUGCAGAGGAACACAAUCUCCAGAGUGGGGAGUUUCUGACGUUUGUGUACGACGGACACCGAACAUUUGAAGUCAGUAUCUUUGGUCGUAGUUGCUGCAAAGAGACAAGAGCUGUAGCAGAAAUGGUAGAGCUUUCUGAAUCUGAAGAGGUAGAAGAAAUUUCGAUGGAUGAUGCUGAUGAUGCGCUUGCUUUUAGCGAUGAUCAAGAAAUGAGCGACAGGAAUUCAAACACGGAUGUUAUCGCUAAUCCAAGCUUUGAUACUAACCUCAAGUCAAGGAUUUAUGAGCUGCUGAUUCCGGCCCAAACGAUCUACGAGCAUAACCUCACGUUUGGGAGGACAGUUAAGUAUAUUGAUGCAGAAGGGAUCACAUCAGGGGAAAGAGGCAAAUGGGCUGAUAACAGGGUUUGUUUCAAAGGAUGGGACAGGAUCUGUCGAAGGAACAGGCUUAAGAUGAACGAUACUGUCACAUGCGAGCUCCUUCACACCCGCAAGGAAGUUCACUCCAUCAGAAUUCAUAUCACCCGUGGAACUGCUUGA